UCGGGGGGAGUCAGUAAGGGUUGUCUCGCCAGGGUGCUCGACAUGGGGAGGGCACAGCGCCGUCAGCAUGAGGCUGCCGUGGACCAUGUGCAAGACACAUUCAGGGUCCGCUCCCGUGUCUAUCGGUACCUGGUUGUCGGCGAGAAGGUCGACAGCAAGGGGGUCAUGAUGCUCCGUUGCACGUUUUGCAACAAAGUUUUCCAAGGGACCCAAUUUCAGGCCACUAGGCACUUCUCGCAGACAAACUACUACAAGGACGUCAACGACGAGGCGUUGUACGAGAUUGCUCGACGGACUCAACAGAAGUUCGAGGUCGAUCAGAUGGAGAGGGUUGUGAGGUACGCAGCAGAGCGUGGACUCGAUGUGCCCGACACGGGUGGUGCAAGGGGAGGAGAGGCGGGGCGGUGUCCGGUGGAGGGAGGGGUCGGGGGAGAUUGUGGGCAUGGUGCGGCAGACCCCACUUUGGGUGGUGGAGGCGGUGAGACGGGGGAGGGCGUGAUCCACGUCGAUCGCGAGGCGCGCAAGGGAGCUGCAACGGAGGGGUCUUCCAAGAGGAAGGAAGGAGGAAGUGCUACGGUUGCCACCCCAGCAGGGAAGAGGCUUCGCCAGCAGAAGGUGACUGAUGUCUACGGUGGCAAGUGGGUUGCUCGCCAGAAGAAGGCAUUCCUUCGCUGGUUGUAUUCCAGCGAGGUCUCCUUCAAUGCCUUCCCCAACCAGGCUUGGAAGGCAUAUCAACAGGUGCUUCUUGAGCAGUCUGGCAGUUCCCCGCUUGCAGUGCUCCCCAACCACUGCGAGAUUGCGAGUACGAGGGCGGUGGAGACCUACCUUGCGGAGUUGGCAGAGGAGUUGGAGGAGGUGAGGAAGCAAUUCUGGGUGACUGGUGCCACCCUCCUCUCCGAUGGGAGGAAAUCACGAGACGGAAGACCGAUCGUGAAUUUCCUUGCUGCUGGCUCUCGAGGGGUCGUCGUGUACACGACGAUCAAUCGAGAGGGCGAGGCGGACGAUGCAGUGCACGUCCUUCGGAGAUGGGUUACCAUCUUCCACGAGUUCAGCUUCGGUGGGCCGCAGCGGAUCAAUGCGAUAUGCACUGACUCCGCUUCUGCCUAUGUGGGGGCUGCGAGGGCAUUGGCCUCGCCGUCCGUGCCUCCUGCACUGAGGAGGAUCACUUGGCUCCCAGGCGCAGACGACGACCCCCACUCCUAUGAGGCGGGAUUCGUCCAUGCACCACCAUCGCCCGUCUCGCCACUUGAGCCGGCCACGGCAACGACGGACAGGGAGGAGUUGGGGUCCUCUUUGCCUCAGCGCGGCCUUCUCCACAGAGGCGGGGCAGUCCGACAACUUAGGUUACGAUCACCUUCCCCGGGGAUAUUGCAGGAGGAGGGGGCACCUUCGGCAGCAGCAGUGGAGAGUUUGGUGGCACCAGCGGCAGUGCCGGACGCGACGAUCGUAGCCACGGUGGAGGAGAUAGCAGCAGCAGCAGCAGGAUCAGUGCUGGAGGAGAUGGCAGCAUCAGUGCUGGAGGAGGAUCCACCAGUGGCGGGAGGAGGUGCAACAGUGGAGGGGCAGGUGGCAGCAGCAGGAGGAACAAGUGGAGGAGCAGCAGUAGUGGAGGUUGAGGUGGCAGCAGCAGUGGAGGAGGAGGAUGCACCGUCGGCAGCUGCAGUGGAGGAGGCGAUAGCCGCACAGGCCGAGGUGCAGCGUGGGGGUGAUGACGAGCGCCUCAUGCAGCAGAUUCACGGAGGAGCUUGAUCCGGUCAUAGCGGGUAUGACCCCGGGUAUGGCGAGGGGGUUUGGGAUUUCUGAUUCGGAGAUGGGGACCCGCUUAGACUUAGAUUUGU